AUGGGAAGGAAGGACAGAAAGCAGAUUCUGUGGACGGACGAAAUGGACGAGGCACUACUUAAGGAGGUUGUACGACUAGGGCCAUUUGAAGUAGGGCAUGACAAAGUCACUGCAACGUGGGCCAAGGCAGCCGUUGCCAUGCACGAGUACGAUCCCAAUCUCUCUGGCUGCAUCUGCCAGGCCCGAUGCGACACCAUUCUCCACGACUUUGCCCGCGACAUCCAGGCAAGCAUGCGUGCCUCUGGCGUUUAUGAAGACGAUGACGACAUGACAAUGUUCAAACAAGACUUAUUGGACAUGCGCGAAUACAGCAAGAGCAAGCGAACAAGAAAGCGCGAGAACGCGCUGGCCAAGCAUUCUGCAUCGUUGUACUUUGCGAGGUUAAACCGAACGUACGGGAUGGCGCACGGAGCAGACGCAGCUUUAGCAGCAUUGGGCAUGCUGAUUUCAAGAGGACUCGUGCCGCGGGUGUGA